CAAGACGGGCAAGCUGAGUGCUAGCAGUGCAGUGAAUACUUGUCGCCACUUUGUUAAAUAUUGGAUAUAAAUUGAUUGUCAUUCGGAUCCUUUUGGUUAAAAGGUCCCAGUAGACGGAUAAAUGUCUGAUGCAUCAGAACUACCUGAAAGAAAAGAAGAGGAGGAGGUUUCACCCGAACCAGAGGAACAAUCCGACGACAGCAGUGAGGAAGAAGCAGCAGGAGACACAGAGAUGGACUUCCUGCGUAACCUCUUCUCCAGCACUCUGGGCCUCGGCUCAGCAGACAAAGUUCUGGAUGACCUGACUCUGGACGGAGUGGCGCGAUACAUAAACAGCGGCAAAUGUAAAAACAUCAUCUGCAUGGUUGGAGCAGGAAUAUCCACAUCGGCUGGAAUCCCUGAUUUCCGUUCACCAGGAACAGGCCUGUAUGCAAACCUGCAGAAAUACAACCUGCCUUACCCAGAGGCCAUCUUCCAGAUUGAUUAUUUUAAGAAACAUCCAGAGCCAUUCUUCGCCUUGGCCAAGGAGCUUUACCCAGGACAGUUCAAGCCGACAAUCUGUCACUACUUUAUGAAGAUGCUGAAGGACAAGGGGAUCCUGAAACGCUGCUACACACAGAAUAUUGACACCCUGGAACGAGUGGCCGGGCUCGAAGGAGAAGAUCUAAUCGAAGCUCAUGGAACAUUUUACACAUCCCACUGUGUCAGCUUCUGUUGCCGCAAGGAGUACAACCUGGACUGGAUGAAAGAAAAAAUCUUCUCUGAUGACAUUCCCAGAUGUGACAAGUGCAGCAGUUUGGUCAAGCCAGAUAUAGUCUUCUUUGGCGAGAAUCUGCCUGUGCGGUUCUUCACUUCAAUGAAGAUGGACUUUCCUCGCUGUGAUCUUCUUAUCGUCAUGGGGACGUCUCUGCAGGUCCAACCUUUUGCAAGUCUUGUCAGCAGGGUUUCAAAAAGUUGCCCCAGACUGCUCAUUAACAUGGAGAGGGCAGGGCAGGCCGAUCCUCUGUUGGGGUUGCUUGGUUUUGGAGGAGGGAUGGACUUUGACUCAGACAAAGCAUACAGAGAUGUAGCUCAAAUCAGUACAUGUGAUGACGGCUGUUUGGCUCUCGCCGACCUGCUGGGAUGGAAGGCGGAGCUGGAGGAAUUGGUGAAGCAGGAGCACACCAGGAUUGACGGUCAAGACAAAAAAGAGAGGUCCUGUGAGAAGAAGGAAGCCGCAGCCAAGGCGAGCUCUGCAUCAGUGGCACCAGAACCUAAAGAGGAAGAAUAAAUAAUUAAAAUGCCCCCUUUUUUAUAAAAGCUACUGUAGUGAUGUCACAGUUUGGAGUUAGCCCUUAAAGGUAAAAUACCACAGUUUCUGUUUGAAAGUGAGCUUUAACAGGGUCUGUCACACUCUGUUUUAAUCUGCGGACAUUUGAUUCCUCUGAACAACCUCACAUGACAUCUGACAUCCCUGUAGUUUACGCUUUUGUUCAUAACAGUAAUUUGCACUUUACUUACAUUAAUAUACUUUCCUUUUUCUUUUCAUUUUUUUUUGGCAUUAGCGAAAAUCUGUCUCACAUGUAUAUUUCUUUCUGAGGCAGUUGACUCUAUGCAUUUUACUGCGAUAGACAGUGGCAUUGUUGCAAUAUAUCUACAUUUGGUUAGUAGGUGGUUAAUAUCUCCAAAACCUCAGGCAGUGUGAUAAUGACUUUACACUGCACAAAAGCUGAAAUAAUGUCUCCAAACCAACUACUGACCACUUCUGAUGUAGUGAUUUGAGCCGAGCCUUUGAUUUUUAGUUCAUGCUUCCUCAAAAGACAACCAGGCUAUUGUGUAUUUAAUCUGUCAUCUUUUUCCCACAAGCCAAAAGUGACUUUAGAUACAUUACAUUCAGAAAGUUUUCAGACCCCUUCACUUUUUCCAUUUUGUUAUGCUGCAGCUAAAAUCAUUUACAUUUAUUUUUCCCCCAUCGAUCUACAUUAACAUUUUUUGCCAACUUAUUAAAAAGGACGUGGACAUACAUUAAGUAUUCAGACCAUUUCCUCAGUACUUAGUUGAAACACCUUUGGCAGUGAUUACAGCCUCAAGUCUUCUUUGGUACAAUGUGACAAGCUUUACACACCUGUAUUUGGGGAUUCUCUGCAAUUCUUCUCUGCGGAUCCUCUCAAGCUCUGUCAGGUUGGAUGGGGAUCAUCAGUGGACUGCAAUAUUGUUCCUCACAGAGAGCCCUUUUAGUGCUUUUUUUUUUUUUGCAAACUUGAAAACAACUUUCGUGUGUCUUUCACUGAGGAGAGGCUUCCCUCUGCCAUAAAGCCCAGAUCAGUGGAGUGCUGCAGUGAUGGUUGUCCUACUGGAAGCUUCUCCCAUCGCUACACAGGAUCUCUGGAGCUCAGCCAGAGUGACCAUCAGCAGGAUUUUUUGUAGCCUCCCCCAGAUCUGGACCUUUACACAAUCCUGCCUUUGAGCUCUGCAGGCAGUUCCUUCCACCUCAUGGCUUGGCUUAUGCUUUGUCAUUAUGGUGUAUUGAGUGUAUGAUUUUCAAGUCUGCAGCAUGACAAAAUGUGAAAAAAGGGAAGGGGUCUGAACACUUUCUGAAGGCAUUGUAAGUAUCUUAUGUCAAAAAAAGAACUUCCUGAAAAAUGAACUGAGGUAACUAUAAAUAUAACAACAGGUUAACUGGUUAUGUGGAACUUUAAAAAUGUUUUUAACUAACAGUGUUUUUCAUCUUAACCCUCUGCUCCUGUUUGAACCAAUAUCUGUGAUUUCUUUUAACGUUUAUGGAACAAAAGAUGUUCUCUUAAUAUUAUGGAACUGCAAACUGUACAUGAUGCACAAAAUAUAAUCAUAACUCUUGUCAGGACCUCAGAUGGUCCUUAGUUGAUAGUUAGAUAGAUGGAUAGCUAAAGAAAAUUAAACAGACAUGGAGCUCUAAAAUAGUUUGAAACUCUAUCUUUUUAUUUUAUUUUUUUAUUAAAUUACAAACUAAACUAUUUGGGAUAGCUGUAAGAGCAUGAAUUGUUGCAUUAUGAAAUAAAAAUAAAGGGAUGGACACAAUAACAUAAACAUCUGUACAAUAUUAUGGAAGCCAAUACAAAAACCCCACAAUAAAAUUAACUUUGUAAAGCUGA